AUGUCGAGCCUAAAGCGAUUGUCACCAAUUAUUCGUCCGCUUCACAAAGCAUGCACUAGCCCAUUCUCCAGCACAUCGGCACGUACAGUACAAGUUGUGUCAUUUGAUGUAAAUGACACUUUAAUUGCCGAUGGUGAACCAGUCGAUGAGGUCUACGCUCGUGUUGCCAGCGAUCACGGAAUCAAAGUGAAUCCAGCUGCUGUCGCUGCAUCAUACCCGAAAUAUUGGAAGAAUCUCUGCAGCAGCCACCCAUGUUUUGGAUUCAGCACGUUUGGAGAAUUUGAAUGGUGGAAGCGAAUUGUGAUCGGAUGCUUGCAAGAGGUAUAUUAUCACGUUUUAAUUCUUAUAUUGGGCAUAUAACC